UAGAAAUCUACUCUACUCGAUCCAUUAGCUAUAAUGUCUGCUUCACAACUUUUGCCACUGGAACUCAUCGACAAAUGCACUGGAUCCAAUAUCUGGGUUGUCAUGAAAGGUGAAAAAGAAUUCACUGGACGAUUACUCGGUUUUGACGACUAUGUCAAUAUGGUACUUGAGGAUGUUACCGAAUACGAGAAGUCAGCUGAAGGAUACAAGACUACCAAGUUGGAGCAGAUAUUGCUGAACGGAAACAACAUAUGCAUGUUGGUCCCUGGUGGUGAAGGUCCAGUCAAGGCAUAAUCUCUCAUUGAAUAAUUUCACAAAAGACAUUGUACACAUAAUAAAGAAACCCUUCACCUCUUCCAAUAGUCACAUUCAG